AUGGCGCCUGCUCUUGUCCCUAAGAUCAUCAAGCGCCAGGCUAAGAAGCUCACCAACUAUGUCGGCGCUCGCAUCUGUCAUGAUAUCCAGCAGUCGAUCGCGCGUGGUACCACUCGGGGCCGCGUCGGCAAAGCCAUAGUGCUCCAACUGAGAGUGCCGACCACCAGGAUCAGCGAUGAAGAAGUCGAGCGCAAGCGUUUGUGGCACGAAUCUGAACAAAAGGAUAUCGCUUGGCAACAGGCUGCGCCGGCUCGAGCUGCUCAGCGUGCUAAAGCUGCCCGCGCGGAAGCUGCUCGUGCUGAAGCAGUCCGCACCGCCGAGCUGCGCAAGUCCAAAGCCAUGAUGAAUACGCCUUCGACAUACCAGGACCAUCGAUUUAAGACGGAUUACAUGGAAGAAAUGCGAUCUGCCUAUCCCGCUAGUGAAAACCAUAUGGAGCGCAGCAAUCGCAUCCAAGCAGGUCUCGCUUCUAUACUUGGCCCUGAGCGCAUGGGACUCGGUGUUGGGCUACCCUCUGGUCAUUCAGGGAUCGAUAACGAUCCUGUCUUGGCCAAGCACAACACCGACAAGCGCAUUCAAGAUACCAAGGACGUCUACGAACAGUACCAGGCCAUGCUACGUCAACAGUGUGAGCAGCAACAGCACAGGGAGGCCGAGGAAGCUGCCGCGCAGCAGAGCAAGCAGACAGAGCUCGAUGCGUACCGCUUCAUGUACAAACGGCGUAUCGAACAGCUAUUAGCUCUGAGCCCGGAAUUUCACACGCAGGCGAUGGGGAUUCUGCAGGCCUAUGAGCAAGGCAACUUCCAUGAGUUGCAAUGGGCUCUCAGUGAAAUCAUCAGCAACGUCUUGGAGCCAGCCUGUAAGAUCUUCGAAGAGAUGCAGGGAGAAACCAUGCUGGAAUUGUUCGGUGCCAACGAACUCAAGAACGCAUGGCCCUUGGAGGCUAUCGAUAGAAUUUUCACAGUCUUCGACGAGCAGGCUGCGGCACAAUUCCCCGAGAACGAACAAAACGGCUUGGGCUACAUGAUACGCUGUAUCCAGUUCAUCUGCAAGCCUAUCGUAACUGCGCGGGAGUGGAUCGACCCUCUUAUGCAGCAGGCCUCCAGCAAUCUUCCCUUUGUGGCUGCGCCUAUUCCGAUCAGCUUUGAACAAUUUGCAGCGAGCGUGGGCGCGCCACCGCCGCCACAACAACCUCAAGACUUUGCACUCUUAGCUCAGCAGACGACGUCAAUCUCUCCACCUCAAGUUCUUCAGCAAGCCUACAACUACCAGCCGGUCCGGAGCUAUCAGCAGCCUCAAGUUCAGCAGGUUCAGCAGGUCCAGCCUCAGGUCCAGCAGAUCCAGGCUCCAGAGCAGGCUGCCGAUACUGGCAAGAACUUUGACAGUUUUUCUGAUCUCCUCAAAGCUUCAAAGGCCAACAAAGAGGCUCAAGCCCCUUUCAUCUUCUCCAUCAAUCCAGCUGCUGCCCAACCCACAGCCCCAGUUGCAAGCUUCCUUCGACCCGACAAGGGCACCCUGAUGGUAUACAUCGACAACAACGUGCUCCAAUUCCAGGUCAACGUUGACGAUUUCCUCAAGGAGGGCCGGGUCAACGUGACAAAGUGCCAAGAGAACCAAGCCAUCUUGAAGUGGAUGGAGGAUUAUGUCCAGGACGAGACGGGCAUACUUGGUCAGAAAGAUAACGGUGUCAUGAAGACGGAGAUUAUGCGCAUGAUUGUCAAGCUGGAUGCGCUAAAGAAUCCAAAGGAGAAGGAGAAGCGGUUGAACAAGGACAUUCGUGGGCUCGCGAAGAAGAUUUUGAAAAUUUGGGCUUGA